UUAAAAAAUAUGUUAUACCACAGUUCCUCACAUGCGAUAUCAUAGUUCCCAAUACCACACAAGAAAUUCCAACAAAUUGGUGCAUGAUCACUUCGCAAUUGUCGCCAUGAAGCGCAUUUCAACUGUCCUCGCUCUCUUCCAGAUGCUGCUUCUGGUUCAAAUGGCAUCAGCCGAUGUCACGUCCACAGAUAUUGCAACGUCCACGGAUCCAGCGUCUCCGGAACUGCUGGAAAAGACGUGGACAGUCUCCGCUGCCAGCCUCGACAAGCUCGAGAUUCAUGUGGCUGGCAACGUAUUCGUGGAUCAUGACACCUCACUGCAAUCCGAUGCUCAAGUAGUUGCGAAAGUUGUGAUGCAUGCAAGCUCGUCAAAGCUGCUAGACGCUGUGGACGUCACGGACAUUGGCGGAGACAGCGAUACCGGCGUCCGUCUGCACUACAAGAACCAACAGGUACACGUCGAAGGUCUCGUAAUGACUCAAGUCCUGCUAAGCAAACCGAAAUCCCUGCUCGCUGUCAGCGCUACCAACACUCAGAACGUGGUGCUCGGAGACAAUGUCGUGCUUGGCGACAAGACUGCAAGACUGCACUUCUCCACACACGGCAAAGGACACAUUUUUGUCGGGUCGACCACCGCCUCAUUUGAUGUGCGAUCAGUAGGCGUCGUUGUCUCUGGGGACGGCGGCAUUCAAUUCCAAUCUGCAUCACUUAAAGUUGCAGAGGAUGUGGUCCUCUCCUUGGUUGGAGCUGGUCACGUUGCUGUCCUUGCUGAGGACAAAUUCGUAGCCAACAAGGUGGAGUCUGCCGUUGCGGGGACUGGUAAAGUCUUCGUGCAGACUCCUGGAUUACAAGCUGACACGCUCGUAACUGAAAUUGUUGAAAACGGAGAAGUUUCGUACGCAACUGAAGGAACAUGCAAUAGUGAGAAGAUUCGCCUGGCAGGUGAAGGUUCUGUGAACGCAGCAUCGAUUGUGUGUAAGAACGCCGAUGUCAGUAUUCUCGGUAUUGGAGAAGUGGUAGUCCAAGCUACUGAACGUCUGUCGGCCACGCUACUGCUCACUGGGUCCGUCAGGUAUGUGAAUACCCGCCCUAAGUCCAUUCAAUCGUCAGGUUUGGUGCUGGAAAGUAGCAUCAAGCAAGCUCAGGCCAACCCCAUAGCGAAGUAUUCCCCUCUUACCCCACCCAAUCGAGCUGCCACUGCUGUCUUCCUGACAGUCGAAGCCGCCAAUAACGACGAUAGUCCCUAUAUUCACGUACGGCCAGCCGUUGCGACAGGAAUGAGACUGCAAAACUUGAGCGCGUCGUUGCCAGAGAGUAUGAGUGCAUUGGUCCUCUUCGAAGUCGCAAUUGGUGCCAUGGCAUUCGUUGCGGUGUCCGUGUUCAAGUUCCAGCAACGUCGGAUCCGUAAUAAGUACCAGACGCUGUUGCCAUGACUAAGCUCGGUCAAGACAACUUGGAGUACAGUAGCAAAAUGAAAGUAUAAUUGUUUUUUGUAUCCGCUAAAUCCACUGAUCUAGUUCCUGGUUCUACAUUUUUUUUUCUGGUGAAUCUGAAGCGAGGGUUGUCCGGUGUUGCGUUUUUUAUUGACAUGUGACCUAGAGAUUCUGUAGAUUUUAAGCAUCAGAUGUAGAUUUCUUGUCAGUUCAAAUACGACAAGAGCCCUGAAACUUCAUGAAGGGAAAACAUCG